AUGGUCUUUGCUAUUAAUGAGAUUAAUGAGAAUCCAGAACUUUUGCCAAACAUUACACUGGGCUUCCGUAUAUACGACUCCUGCUUUAAUGAAAUGCAGGCUGUUAAUGGAGCGCUACAGAUUAUGUCGGGUGGGGAAAAGCCGAUUCCUAAUUAUAUUUGUGACAUGAAAUCUAAGGUGGCUGGUUUAGUAGGAGAUAUUCAGUCUUCCAGUUCUGUUGCAGUGGCAAGAAUUUUGGGGUUGUAUCGAAUUCCUCAGAUAAGCUAUGGGUCAGCAUUGGCCUAUCUAAGUGACAAAAUAAACUUUCCUUCUUUUUUGCGCACUACUUUAAAUGACAAGGUGAUUCCUUAUUAUUUCAAUAUGCUGAUGAUCCAUUUUAACUGGACCUGGAUAGGAAUUCUGGCUUCUAAUAAUGAUUUUGACUUGUAUGACAGUGAGCUCCUGAGAAAAGACAUUGAAGCAGCUGGGAUUUGUGUGGCCUUUUUUAUGAGGAUAUCAGUCCAACACACCAGAGAUCAGACACUAUCCAUUAUCCAAGCCAUCAGGAAAUCAACAGCCACAGUUGUGGUACUUUAUUGUUCAAUGCUUGAACUAAUCCCUUUUAUGAGAGUAGCAACUGAAGUAAAUAUAACUGGAAAAGUGUGGGUUGCCAGUGGCAGUGUCAUGACUUCUCCCAUUUUUUCAUACAAAGAGUUUUGGAGAAUAUUAAAUGGUACAGUUGGAGUGAAAUCACCUUUAAUAAUAAUCCCAGGAUUUGGAAAAUUCCUUUACAGUAUUCAGCCAUCUUUAUACCCAAAGGAUAUAUUCAUGAAGUCAUUUUGGGAAGCAGGUUUUAAUUGUUUGUGGGCUAAUGGAAGUCACAAUGUGCCUAAUUCAACAUCUAAUGGAACAAUUUAUUGCAGUGGCCAAGAAAAUCUUAAAUAUUUAGCAAACCAAGGUUAUCAUGAAAGAGCAUCAGUAUUUUCUAUUCGUGUUUACAAUGCUGUCUAUUCACUGGCCCAUGGUAUUAACACUAUGUUAUCCUGCAGAUCAGAAUUACUGUGUUUAAACAUCAGUAGGCUGGACCCAUGGAAAAUUUUACAAUAUGUAAAGCGUGUGAAAGUAAAAAACACUGCUGGCCAGGAGUUGGCCUUUGAUGAGAAUGGGGACCAGAUAUUUAACCUUGAGUAUGUGAAUUGGCAAGCACUGCCCAAUGGUGAAACAAAAUAUGUACCUUUUGCAACAUUAGAAGAAUUUCCCGAGAGCCAUAUUGUUACAAGUGACAACACUGUUUUUUGGAGUGGAGACUACACACAGGCACCAACAUCUAAAUGUAGCACCAGCUGCCCUCCAGGAUACAGAAAGGCUCCACAGAAGGGACAGCCUGGCUGCUGCUUUGACUGUAUUUUAUGUUCAGAAAAUGAGUUUACAAAUGAAACAGAUUCAACAAGCUGCAUCAGAUGUCCCAAAGACAUGUGGACAAAUGAGAAACACACUGUCUGCUGGCUUAGGACCUUGGAAUUUCUGUCAUAUAAUGAGAUUUUAGGGGGCACCUUGGCUACUAUCUCAAUUGUGGGAUCUCUCCUUCCUCUCAGCAUCCUGGCAAUUUUUAUAAGAAACUCAGAAACUCCUAUUGUUAAAGCAAAUAACCGGAGUCUCAGUUACCUCCUCCUGUUUUCUCUGUGUUUCUGCUCUCUCUGUGCUUUAAUGUUCAUUGGACAUCCCAUUACUAUAACCUGUAUCCUUAGGCAAUUUAUAUUUGGGAUCAGUUUUGUCAUGUGCAUUUCAUGUAUCUUGGGAAAGACAAUGAUGGUGGUGAUCGCCUUCAACCUCACCCAGCCAAAGAGCAACAGGAGAAUGUGGUUGAAUUCUGGAGUAACUAACACCCUGGUGCUUGUGUGCACAGCUAUACAAGUGAUUAUAUGUGCUGGGUGGCUUGCACACUCUCCUCCUUUUGAAUACACAGACAAUGAAUCUAAGAUGGGGGUCAUUAUUGUGGAAUGCAACAAGGGAUCUCCUGUUGCUUAUUCGUGCACAAUGGGAUAUAUGGGUUUUUUGGCUACUUUAUGUUUUGUGGUUGCUUAUUUGUCAAGAACAUUGCCAGGCAGUUUCAAUGAGGCCAAACUGAUCACCUUUAGUAUGUUGAUAUUUGGAUCAGUUUGGAUCUCCUUCAUCCCAGCCUACCUCAGCACCACAGGGAAGUACAUGGUGGCAGUGGAGAUAUUUGCCAUUUUGUCUUCAAGCAGUGGAUUAGUCACAUGUAUAUUUUUACCCAAGGUCUACAUUAUUAUUAUGAGACCUGAGAUGAACAAGAAAGACCGAAAUAUAUUUAUUAAAAAAGAUCAAUCCUAG